AUGGAUCCAUGUGACAUACUGAAUGUGAGGUAUCACUUUGGUGGCCAAUUUGUUUGGAUGGGACCUAACUUAGACUAUGUUGGAGGAGAUGAGGCAAUGUCACAGAUAGAAAGGGACAAGUUGUCUCUGCCAGAACUGAAAGGGUUUCUUGGUGAUCAUGUUCCUGUCAAACAAAGUAUGAAAAUAUACUUCCUGUUGCCUGGUAGAGAACUAGUGGAUGGGUUGUUUUUUCUGUGUGAUGAUGCUGGCUGCAUGAAAAUGUCUGAAUGCAUAACUGAAGGAGGAAUUGCUGAUGUUUACGUGGAGAAUACAAGAAAAUAG